AUGGAUCCAGAGGGUCGUGGCGACUGGCAGCUCUUCAAGGUGUUUGACAGCAAGGAAGAGCUCACGGAGAGCGAGAGCGAGGAAGAGUACGAGAUGCGCACGGCGGUGGAGUUGGAUGGGGCGGGCACAAGGGAGGUACUGCUACUUGUCCGAAGGAAUAACCUGACAACUUCUGCUAAAAAUUGA